CCUCUAUGACGCCAUCACGUAAAGCAGCGUCCUCACACGGUAGGUCAGCGAAGGCUCGCCUUCAGGAGCAGUAAACCGCCGCGUGUCCCGGUGUUGUUUCGGAGUUCUGCCGGUGAACAUGUACUACAAACUGAACGGAGUAACGCUGCGGCUCACCGGAGCUUCCGCCACCGCCUACACCCCGCAGGGUCUGCGUCCAGUGGCCACUCCUCACAAUCCUCAAGUCAUCUUUGCGACUCCAACCAAGAUGGUGUCUGAAGCAGGAAGUCAGGUGGAAUACAUGGGAAUCAACAGAGUUCCUGCCUUACAGAAGCUCUUCCAGUCGUCUGACGGGGUCCCUGUCCACCUGAAGAGAGGUCGGAUGGACAAGCUGCUGUACCGGACCACCAUGGGUCUGACCAUAGGGGGCGUGGUCUACUGUCUGGUGGCCCUCUACGUCGCCGCACAGCCCCGCAACAAGUGAUGUCAGCUUCUCUGCGCUGUGAUUGGACCAGAGGUUUCUGUGGAUGAUCAGUGUGGAAACCAAACGAUUUGUACAGAAAUGUUAUUUAGUGUGAAGAAUAAACAAACAUUAUUUUCUUGUUAA